AUGGCUACUUCAAGAUUCUUUCACGGUGGGCUCAGCGACAGCGAGUCUAGCUCUUCUGAAGAAGAUUAUUCAGAGGAGGAGGAAGAACUCGAGGAAGACGUCCAAAAUGAUUCUGAUGAAUCUGAAAGCACUGAGGACGAUGACGAUGACAACUCGGACGAUGACGACGAAGAGGAAGAAGAAUUGGAGGAUGGCAACGCCCCAGACAGUCAAAAAAAGAACAUCUUCACCAGAGACGUAGUCGAUGAAGAAGAUAGCGAUGAGGAUGGACUACGCAGAAUCGUCAAAAACAAAAAGGACAAACGAUUCGAGGAAAUUGAAACUUCCAUUCGAUUGAUCGAAAAUGCUGAAAAAAUCAAUGACUGGGUUGUGAUUUCGCAAGAGUUUGACAAGCUCAACAAACUCGCCACCAAGGCUGGACAUGGCGACGUUGUGCCAAAGCCUUACAUCAAGGCAGUCGCCGAUCUUGAGGAUUUCAUGAACGAGACACUCUUGAAAGAAAAGGCAGCUUCCAAAAAGAUGAAUGCUACAAAUGCUAAAGCUCUUAACUCUAUCAAGCAACGUCUAAAGAGGAAUAAUCGACAGCACGAGCAAGACAUUUCACAGUACCGAGCCGACAAGGAAAAUUAUCUCCUCGAGCCUGAAGUGGAAGACAUCCCGGUACCCCUAAAGCCCACGUUCGAAGGGGUCGAGCCAGAACGAGUAGACGAUGAUUCUGGGGCGUAUUCCGUUGUCACUCGAGGUGGCAAGGCGGUCCAGCUUACCAAAGAAUCCAUUUUCAAACAUCUAAAAGUCAUCGUCGAAGCCCGUGGAAAAAAGAAUACCGACCGAACCGAGCAGAUCCGUACAAUGGAAAAGCUCCUUGAACUCGCUCAAUCUCCUUAUCAAAAAAUCCGCGUCCUUGUAGCUCUUAUAUCCACCCGAUAUGAUUUAUCAUCUGGUGUCCUCUCUUACAUGGCAACCGACCAGUGGAAGGCUGCUGAAAUCGAACUAAACACUCUCCUACAAGUGCUUGAAGAGAACCCUUCCUGGAUAAUCAUCGAGAGUGGGGAUGAAUGGGAUGACGACGAAAAAUCGCCGCCAACACCAGCACCAGGCGAAAUCUUCAAGAUUUCUGGAAGCAUCAUAUCUUUUGUCGACCGGCUCGACGAUGAACUCACCAAAUCCCUCCAGAACAUCGACCCGCACACCACGGAAUACGUCGAACGCCUUGGAGACGAGGCCGCCUUGUACAAAAUCAUUGUCCGCAGCCAAAUGUAUUUCGAGCGACUCUCAAGUAAUAAAAACGCUGGUACUAUCGGAGACAGCCUGAAUAGGACGGUCAUGAGACGCGUGGAGCAUUUGUAUUACAAGCCGUUGGCCGUAAUCGAAACGAUUGAGGAAGCUUCCUACACAUUAUUAACAUCGGAAUCUUCAUCCGAUGUUCUUCGUUCAGACCUCAAAAAGGAAAACCCAGCCACUAUCGUCCAGAACCUUUGCUCCCAUCUGUACAAGAACGACUCAACAAUAUUGCGAACGCGUGCCAUGCUCUGUCAUAUCUACCACCUCGCUCUUCGUGAGAAUUUCUAUAAGUCUCGUGAUAUGUUCCUAAUGUCGCAUUUGCAAGAAAAUAUCCACAACGCUGACAUCACAACCCAAAUUCUAUACAACCGAACACUGGUCCAAGUUGGUCUCUGUGCAUUCAGGAACAGUCUAAUAUCGGAAGCACAAUCUUGUCUCCAAGAAAUACUUGGCUCUGGCAGGGUCAAGGAACAUUUGGCCCAAGGGGUCGGCCCACAGAGCCGGUACUCUACUAUCACACCGGAGCAAGAGCGGUUGGAGAAACAACGACAGUUACCAUUCCAUAUGCACAUUAACUUAGAACUUUUGGAGGCAGCAUAUCUCACAUGUUCUAUGCUGCUGGAGAUCCCUGCUAUGGCGGCGGCUGGAUCUUCUCCCGAUAUGAGGAAGAGGGUUAUCAGUAAAACGUUUCGACGAAUGUUGGAGUUUCACGAGAGAAAUGUGUUCCCAGGUCCACCAGAAAACACCAGAGACCAUGUCUUCCAAGCUGCAAACGCCCUAGCCGCUGGCGAUUGGAAAAAGAGCUGUGACUUAAUACAGGCAAUCAAAAUUUGGGAUCUGCUCCCGAACUCGGAAUCACUCAAACAGAUGCUUUCUGUUCGUAUACAAGAAGAAGGUCUACGAACGUACAUCUUCACUUACGCACCUUUCUACGAUGCUCUAUCUCUAACGAGGCUCUCGGAGAUGUUUGACCUUGCGGAACGGAAAGUUUCUGCUCUCGUUAGCAAAAUGAUCGCUCACGAUGAAAUAGCUGCCGCCUUGGAUCAAAUCAACAAAAGUCUUGUUUUCCGAAAAGGCGUCGAAGUGUCAAGAUUACAGACUCUCGCUUUAGCGCUUAGCGAUAAAGCCAGCGGUUUAAUUGAGCUGAAUGAACGUGUUUUUGAGCAAAAAGCCCAAAGCGGAGCAGUUGGGGGGCUGCAGGAGAAUACUACGAGACCUGGCGGUGGGGGGAGAGGUAAGCCUCGAGGCGAGUUUUCCGGGAAUUCUGGUGGUAACAGAGGCAGGGGCGGCGGCAGGGGCAGGGGCGGCAGAAAUGUCCAGUUCGCGGGGGAGCGCUCUUCCGCCAAAUAG